AUGCCACGUGGCAAGUCCUUUCGUCGCUCUGAGGCUGCUGGGAGGAGGGAGGCAGAGCGCGAGAAGGUUACCUUUGUUCUUAUUGUAGGAGCGUCCCAUCUGCGCUCCAUUGCAGACGGGAUCGUGCCGAUGCCAGAGGGAAUGCUUUCCUUUGGUGUCAUGUCCACACCGGGGGCCUGUGCGUCCGACCUGAGGACCGAGUUACUCAACGCUGACGUACCUCGGACCCCGGACGCAGUCUGCAUCAUGGCCCCCAGCAACAACCUGACAGCCAGCCGGACCCCCCUUGAGGCAGGAGCUGACUUCCAGAAGCUCCUCUUACGAGUCACUGGAGGUGCCUGUACCGAAACCGCAGGCCGCUCCCAGGACAUCAUUGCCUGUUCGUCACGUCACCCAAGGGUCGUUGUGAGGGGAGAGGUCAUCGUGCCUCGCCCCUCUAACCCUUACGAGUGGACGUCUGUGGAGAGGGGCAGGAAGAGGAACGUACCGGUACCUGAGGAACCUGCACAGUCCUCUGGUGCACCGAAAAAGAUGAAGGUUCAACAGCAGUUUGUUGCCACUCCUGUCGCAUUGAAGGAGUGCUUCAUCCCACUGAACCCCGUGAGGUUCAGCAUUUCCAUGUUGGCUGUCAUGGAUGCUGUUGUCCCUUCCCAUCUUCCUACCCCUGAGUGCACCGCUGUUCCACAUGACAAAACGAAACCUGUCGUGGAACGUAGGCGGAAAGCUGUUGCCUGCAAGAGGAGACCUGCAAAGCACCAGGUUGAGGCAACACCCAGUGUUGUGGAGGUGUGUCCCCGUCCCACACCUGCCAGUCCUGUGAAAGUGGUUGCUGCUGCAGAGGCUCAGGUGACACCAUGCGUGGUGGACACAUCCCCAGAGCCUUCACCUGCCACGGCUGUGGAAGUGGUUGCUGCUGCGCAGGAGGAGGAGGCCCCGGUGACACCAGGCGUGGUGGAUGCCUUCCCAGACCCAUCACCUGCCACAGCUGACGAGGAGGAAGUCAGCACACCAAGAUCUGUCAAAGAUGAGUAUGACGCUAACCCAAUUUCUUGCAGGUGUUUAGAAAACGAGCCAAUAGCACCAGUAGUUUCCGGUAAACUCAGAGCAGCACCAUUAACUCAGGAUGUAAAUGUAUCAAUAGCGGGUAGUGUUGUAGCUGCGAUAAAACAUGCAAUUGCUCCGGUUUGUACAUGGCGAGGGAAAGAUAUUGAUGAUAUCUGUGCAGAAGGCAGCAAGUUGGCCAGUUUAGUUGCUGAAGGAAGCCAGGACAGUGUUGAGAUUAAACUGUGUAAAUUGAUUGAACAGGGUAGUGUGUUUGGCAGGAAGUGGAAGGUAGACGUUGCCUCGCCAGUGUACGGAGAUUUUGGGUUUUUGGAUGACGACAGUGUGAUGUAUGAACAGCUACAGGAAACUUUGCUGAGUGAUGGAAUGUGUUUGUUGAACCUCCAAGGUUCAGUCAGUGCAAUUAUUCAUCACAAUAAGUACUUUGUGGUAGUUGAUUCUGGGACUCGUGAUGCAACUGGGCUGGCAUCUAGUUUUGGCAGAUCUGUAGCUGUUUUCAACACAUCCGUGCGUGACCUGAUGUAUCAUAUCAGACAUCUUAAGAGGUCUUUGGGUGCCCACAGUGCUCUGGCUCAUCAACGUCUACGUCAGGGACGCCUUGACGAGGCUCGACGAGACGAGAGCCAGAGUCACUUCCAUCUUUGGUGAUCUUUUGAAGAUGGACUCCACCAAGAAGAUCACCAAAAAGCUUGCGGGCGGUGCUGCCGGGACGGCCGCCUGGGUCACCAACGUCGGCAAUUAGUACGGGCAGGUGCUCAUGUCCGUCCUCACCGCAGCUGAGGGGGGCGGACUUGUCGACAUGGCGGCCGGACUGAUGCGGCGGUACCGCGAAGCCGGGAAGGCCCCUCCAAGGGUCCUGUACGUGGACCGGGACUGCUGUGCCACCGUGGGACAGUGUCAAACGUCCAAGCUGUUCCACGAGUGGCACGAGCUGGUCGUCAGGCUCGACGUGUGGCACCUCAUGCGGCGUUUCGCCAGAGGGGUGACCACCGACAGCCACCAGCUCUACGGCCUCUUCAUGGCGAGGCUCUCCUUCGCCAUUUU